AUGAAUCAAUUGAUGACCCAAUGGGAUGUGCUAAUAGCCCUUUACAUAUUCUUCAGUUGGUGUCAUGGAGGAAUUACAACUAUAAACUGCUCUGGCCGCCUCUGGGUAGAACCAGCCACAAUUCUGAAGAUGGGCAUGAAUAUCUCUAUCUACUGCCAAGCAGCACUCAGGAACUGCCAACCAAGAGAUUUUAAUUUUUAUAAAAAUGGCCUCAGAGAAAGACUUCCUAUCACCAGGAUCAAUACAACAACAGCUCAGCUUCGAUAUUACAAUUUCCUGGAACCACACGCCUCUCUAAUCUGCACUGUUCGAUGUCCUGGAUACGUACAAGAGACACUAAUAUGUGGGAAAGAUGUUUCUUCUGGAUAUCCACCAGAUGUUCCUGAUAAGGUAACCUGCGUCAUUUAUGAACACACAGACAUCCUAACUUGUACCUGGAAUCCUGGGAGACCCACCUACAUAGACACCAAGUAUGUGGUGCAUGUGAUGAGUUUAGAGACCAAAGAACAACAACAAUAUCUCACCUCAAGUUUUAUUAACAUCUCCAUGGAUUCAUUACAAGGUGGCAAGGAGUAUUUGGUUUGGGUCCAAGCUGCCAAUGCCCUGGGCAUGGAGGAAUCAGAACAACUGCAAAUCCACCUGGAUGAUAUAGUGAUACCUUCUGCACCCAUCAUUUUGAGGGCUGAAGAUUUAAAUACUACAGUGCCCAAAACAGUCAUUCAUUGGUCUAGUCAAUCCACAAUGAAAAAGAUUUCUUGCGAAAUGAGAUACAAGGCCACAAAGAACCACACUUGGACAGUUAAGGAAUUUGACACCAAUUUUUCGUACAUGCAACAAUCAGAAUUCUACUUGGAGCCCAAUAUGAAGUAUGUGUUUCAGAUGAGAUGUCAAGAAACAGGAAAAAGGUACUGGCAGGCCUGGAGCUCACCCUUUUUUUAUAACACUCCUGAAAGAGAUCCCCAAUGGCUUCUGAACUCAUCCCACCUGGAGCUUCAAAAUCCUGGGCUUCUCAUUACUUCUGUCUCUAAAGGACAUUUUCUUUCAGACUCCAAGCAGCAGGACACAGUACUUUUCUCAGGAAUGAUCUUUUUUGCUGUUGUGUUGUCGAUUCUUUCUCUGAUUGGAAUCUUUAACAGAUCUCUCCGAACAAGAAUUAAAAGAAAACUUUUGUGGCUAAUACCAAAGUGGCUUCAUGAAGAUAUUCCGAAUUUGGGACACACUAAUGUUCUGAAGUCACUACAGGACAAAAGCGAACUUCUAAAUAAUAAUUUCAGCAACCAGAUUCUCUAUGCUGAUCCUGUGGUUACAGAGAUAGAAUGUGUUGAACAGAAGCCUGUUGGCUACACACAGGAAAAUCAUUCAGAGACAGGAGACUGUCUGCACCAGUCACUACUCACCCAUUCUACAGUGGAGUAUAUUCCUGAGAUCAAUGUAGGUUACAAACCUCAGAUUUCCAAUUUCCUCACCAGAAGAAACCAUCUCAGCAAUAAUGAUGAAGCAAUUUCUCCAACUCUGAAGCCACAAACUGAUUCCUUCGACCUGGGAAAGAACAUCAGGAUGAAAAAGUAUCCUGAUUUUGCAUUGUCUGGUUCUAAUAUGAAUCCUCUCAACAGCUCACUGUUUCUGGAAGAGUUGGAUCUUAUUUUAAACCCAGGAGAAUGCAGCCCUUUGGACAAACAAGACUCAAUAGGAGAUUUGAAGACCUCCAAGCUUUCAGAAAAUGCUUCACCCAAUGAAUCUAUUCCAGAACAAACCCUGCUACCUGAUGAAUUUGUCUCUUGCUUGGGGAUUAUGAAUGAGGAGUUGCCAUCUCUUCAUUCUUAUUUUCCACAAAAUAUUUUGGAAAGUCAUUUCAAUAGGAUUUCAUGCUUAAAGAAGUAG